GGCCCAUGGCGGCGCGGCGGGCCGGCCCCGGCAUGUGCCCGCCUCGUGCCCUUCCUCCAGUGCCAAGUGGAAGCCAAGAUGAAAUUCCACUCAGUCGUCCCAAAAAAAGGAAACCCAAAGGAAAGACUCCAUUAGAUGGCAUUGUGCAAGCAGCGGUUCGUCGGCAGUCUGAAAGCAGCGAGCCCCUGACCCCUGAACCUCCUGAUGCCCCUCCUCAGAGGAAACGCAAGAAGAAGAAAGUACCUACUGAUUCUGAGACCUCUUUUACCCAGCAGAAUGUGGCAUCCCUAUUUCAGAAUGGAAAUGGUGUGGAUGUCCCUGAGGCUGAAGAAACGGUGAUCCGCAAACAGAGAAAAAGAACAAAGAAACCUCGGCCAGCCGAAGUGAGCUCCAAUGAGCUGGAAGUGGAGGAGGAAGACAUCAUUGAAGAUGAGCACAGGAAGAGCCCAGAUCAGCAGCCUGUGUUUGCUGCUCCCACUGGAAUUAGUCAGCCUGUUAGCAAAGUGUUUGUUGAAAAAAAUCGGCGUUUUCAUGCAGCUGACCGUGCAGAAUUGAUUAAAACCACUGAAAAUAUCAAUGUACUUUUGGACAUGAAGGCUUCAUGGACUACUAGAGAUGUUGCCCUCUCAGUGCACCGAAGUUUCAGGGUGUUUGGCCUCUUCAGCCAUGGCUUCCUUGCUGGUUAUGCUGUAUGGAACAUCGUGGUUAUCUACAUUUUGGCAGGAAAUGAGCUUUCCAUGGUUUCUAACCUGCUUGAGCAGUAUAAGACAAUAGCGUAUCCAGCUCAAAGUUUGUUCUAUUUUUUGCUGUCUAUCAGUACAGUCUCAGCCUUUGACAGGAUUGAUCUGGCAAAAGCAUCAGUUGCACUGAGGGGCAUUCUUACCCUAGACCCAGCAGCACUGGCUUCUUUCUUGUACUUUGCUGCUCUUAUCUUAUCCUUAAGCCAGCAGAUGACAUGUGACAGAAUCCACCUCUACACGCCACCUUCGGAAAAUGGCAGUAUCUGGACCGCAGGUACAGAGGCAGAAAUUGUUCAUUCGUGGGUUGUGGUGAAUCUCGUAGUGUCUAUUCUAGUUGGGACAAGUUGGAUCUUCUUAAGUUCCCGACCAGAGCUAGACCACAGUGAAGGACAUUGCAGUAGUUUUGGGAACUCCCUAGCUUUGAAAAGUCAGAUUUGUGCUUGCACAGGACUUCAAAUGAGGAUUGCUUGUGCUGGUCCAGGCUGGAGGAGGGGGAGCAAGUUCUUCUCAUUGAAGAAAUUUGGCUAGAAACUGGGCCUUCUUCCUUUUGUGUUCCAUCUGGGAUCCAAAAGAAUUGAUGUUUCAUUCUGAAAUUGAGGAAUUUCCUCACGGAGAUGUCAUACCUAGAGUCCAGCCAUAAGUGUGGAACAAGAAUCUGCAUAUAUUGCAGCUGUGACUGAUGGCUCAACAUGUUGUGUAUUGUAGCUAUGUAUUAUAAUUUUCAUAAAGAAAAAAAAAGUAUUUUUAUAUUGUAUAUAUUUCAUGUUGAUCUUUUUAUGUAUGUUACAGUUUCCAAAUGUGAUUGAAAACUUUUAUACUUCUGCUUUUUAUUUUACAAAGUAGAUUAUCCCUAGUGCAUAAAGUCAAAGUGAUUUUGUAAAUACUGUUACCGACAUAGCCAAAGACACUAGAGGGACGCAGAAGAUCAGGUGUUCAGUGCUUUUUUGACUGCUGUACAGUCUUCAACAGCCUGCUUUUGUUACUAAUGCAAACAGCAGUUAGCUUAUCUGAUUUGGUUAAAUAUUUUCUAGAGAUUAAAAAAAAAUCUUACAACAAAAGUAGCCUAAGGAAAAUCUAUAACAAAACAGAGUUAGGAAACAUAAACCCCACCAAGUUAGUAAUCUUAAAAUAAUCUACAUUUAUUUGUCAUAAAAUAUUUUUCUAGAAUAAAAGAUUAAAUUGACAGGGAUUUUGUUUAAUAAUCCAUUAAAAGAGGAUUAUUAAAAUCCACUUUUUAAAUCUUCAUUUAGUUCUCUUGACAAAAAUCUUGAUGAUGACAACUUCCUACUGGCUGACGUAGAUAAAAGACACAGAAGUUUCAAUGUUGCAACAGUUUGGUCGGUUAAAUACAUCUUCUCAUCAAACAGGGUGUUUUUGUGUUGCAAACAGGAUGUAUCCAUGUCUUGUAAUUUCUCAACAGUCAAGAAGUGUAACUAUUCCAAAGCCACUCACAAGAAUGGUGUUCUGAUUUCUCCUUAUCUGGUAUAGCAGGAGCAAUCAUUUUAUUCACUGCACUUUCUAAAAAAACUUGGAUUUCAUAGAUGUUAAAAAUGUUCCUACCUGUUUUGAUGGAGAUUGUUUUCCACCAAAUUGUUGUUUUGUGUUAGGAUAGAAUAGGAAACUUCUUCCUAAAAUUACAAGAAAAUGCUUUUUAAAUUAACCCAAGAAGUCUGCAGCAACCCGCCUUCUAUGCAUAUGCUAUGACAUAGCAGUAAUUGUGGCAGGCAGUGGGUUUUGCUGACAAGAUCCCACAUUCCUUUUCCUUUAUAUUAAAGUGGCAAAAUGAAAGCAUUGCAGAUGUGAAUAAAUACAGAUACAUUGCAGGAAGAAACAAUCUCCUUAGUAAACACAGAAAAGAUCUAGUUUGAAAGCCAUUUAUCAAGAAAAUAUCACCUAAAGCCCAAAACUUGUCUGUAUGUGUUACUUAACAUAUAUUGAUUUUGCCUUGUUUGAUUUGUGUGUCUGUGGGUGGUUGUAUAAGGGGUGCACCUGUCAAAGUUCACUGAAGAAUUACUGAACUUUUUUAGUAGUGAAGUUAAGAGUAGCCAGAUAAGACUUGAAAGGAAAUGACCUUUCAAUGCUUUCUGUGCUAACUUUGUGCUGUUACCUGAGUUGCUUCAAAACAAACAUGGGAAUGUGAAUAACUAGGGCUGUUGCUGCCCUGUUGAGGACUUGUGUUCGUUCAGCAAAUUUUAAGUUAUUCAAAAAUUCAGUGUUCGUGACAUCUUUUAAAUGCUGUGGUAAUCUUGGCAGGGAGGAGGAAGACAUCUACAAGAAUUAAAAGAUGUUCCACAGCCGUUGAAGGGGCCUUAGCCUCUUUUGUAAAUUGUUGUGGCUCUUGUGUCUGUAUUUUUGUAAAACUAGAGCUAAAUUACAGCUGGCACUGCAUUGUACAUUAAAGUGGAGAGAUUCAGGGUGCUGAUCUCCUGCAGUUGUGCACUGGAUGUUCUUGCCAUGAUUUAUUUGGCUGUAGGAGAUGAGGGAUGAGACAGGAAGUGUUCCCAUGUAGUUUGCCACCACACUUUCUGCUGAUGUUGUGUGCUUGCUUGUAGAGUCACUUACCUCCUGAAGAAGAGAUUAUUAAUGGCAUGGCUGCAUGAUUUUUCUUUCAUCUUGAUAUGGUCAGAAGUGUAAUUUUGCCCAUAAAAUAUGGAGCUCAGGAGAAGUGUGCUAAGGCAUCACAUCAGUACAGGAAAAACUUGGAUAAUAUCGCUUGAUUUCUGACAUUAAGACUAGGAAUUGGCCUUCCAACCAUCCCUUAGACAAAGUGAUGCUAGCCAAGAGCCAGAUUCAUUCUUAUUGUGAAAUACAGUAAUUUUUAUAUGGUUGAGCAGGGAUUGAAUUAAUGAACUUAAUGUAACCAGUAUUUCAAGCCAGGCUUGCCUUUCCAGUGUAUAUUUUUAGGAGGGUCUGAGUAUAUCCAUAUUUAAAUCAAUGAGUUUUGAGGUUGCCAUAUAAAAAGUACAAUAAACAGUUUGAUGGCUAAUUAUCUAUUUCAUAAAAUAUUUUCAUUCCAUUAAGCCUCACAGUGAAACAUGAGUUUAAGUGAGCUUUUUUUUUAGUUUCUUGUAAAGUCUUAGAACAAGUUUACAAAAUAGAUGUUUAAUUCUAGAACAUGCAAUAUUUGUAGAAGCCUUAACUGAAAUGCCUUUGUGCAUUUCCAUAUCUUUGUUUUUUAAUGCAUUUGUGUUAAUGAAAAAAAGUUUUCAGAUAUGUUGGUGCCAAGUUCUUGUUUUUACAUAUAUGAAACAUAUAUUAAACA